CCAAGGAUAGCACCUUUUCAGGAUCGGGGGCUUUUCUCCCUUCUGCGGUCAGUGUGGAAUUCUCAAUCUCGAAGACAAUUGACCAUCAUGGAGCAAGUCCAAGCGUACGCUGACAAGAUCAAAGUGGAGCUCAACAAGCUCCCCUUCCUCGUGGAAGCGGAGAAGCAAACGGGCGUGGACAAGUUGUACCUGGCGGCCGGCGGCUCCCUCGUCCUCCUCGUGGUUGUGUUGUUCGGCUUUGGCGCGGGGCUGUUGUGCAACUUGGUCGGGUUUGUGUACCCGGCAUACGAGUCGUUCAAGGCUAUUGAAAGCGACAACUCCAACGACGACACCCAAUGGCUCACGUACUGGGUCGUGUACAGCAUGUUCCAAAUUGUGGAAGUGUUUGUCGACUUCCUGCUCUACUUCAUCCCGUUUUACUACGCAAUUAAGCUUGGGUUUUUGGUCUGGUUGUUCAUGCCCUCCACCCAAGGCGCGACCUUCGUCUUCAACCACCUGUUGCAACCGUUCUUGAAGCGCCACGAAUCCACCAUUGACGGUGCCAUCAACAACAUCAAGAACAACAGCGGCAAGGUCGUUGGGGACCUCUCUGGCCUCGCCGCCGACGUAGGCAAGGACGUCACCGCUGCCGUGUUGCAAAAGGUGGCCGACAACCAACUCAAGACCCCAACUUCCCCCAAGAAGUCGGCUUAAUCCCGUUAGUCGUCCCGCUGCUGAAGUCCCCGUACAUGUGUGCACCAUGUCGACGGCAACCAGAGCGGUAGAAUAAUAUCUAACUCGACACCUUUCACUUCA